AUGAAAAUUAAACUGUGUCAAAUAAAAAUGAUGAUUAUACUUUUAUUCAUUAUUUUUAUUCAAUUGGGAAAUUGCCAACUAGAAAAUAAAACAAAUGCAACAACAACAACAACAACAAGAUAUUGUAAUAAUGACGAAUCAUGCAAUGAUGAAAAUUUGUGUACAAAUGAAAUGUGUGAUCCAGUUAUUGGAUGUAUUUAUGAAAAUAUUUCAUGUGAUGAUGAUAAUGGAUGUACAAAAGAUUUUUGUGAUCCAUUGACUGGAUGCUUUCAUAAGAGGGUGGUAUGUGAUGAUAAUGAUAAAUGUACUGAUAAUAUAUGUAAUCCUGAGACUGGAACAUGCUCAUUUAGAAGAAGAAUAUGUACUGAUAAUAAUGAUUGCACAAUGGACUGGUGUAAUCAAUUGACAGGAGAAUGUGUUUAUCAACCGGUUUUAGUUUGUGAAGAUUAUAAUAGUUGUACAAUUGAUGUUUGUAAUGAAUACAAGGGUUGUCAAUUUUUUAAUAGAACUUGUGAUGAUAGAUGUGUUUGUACAAUUGAUACUUGUAAAAAUUCAACUGGUUGUAUUCACACUCCAAUAUCAUGUGACGACAAUAAUGAUUGUACCAUUGAUAAUUGUGAUUGUAAACUUGGCUGUAUUCAUAAAGAAUUGCCCGUUGAUGAUUUUAAUAAUUGUACAUUUGACCAAUGUUCCCAUGAAGAAGGUAUAACUCACACUCCAAUUUCCUGUGAUGAUAACAAUGAUUGUACAACUGAUAGUUGUGAUAUUUCAAUUGGUUGUAUACAUGAUCAAAUUCCUGAUUGUACUAUUAAUACCUCAUCUAAUAAUUCUCAAAAUAAUCCAAAAGAUUGUAUUGGUGAAAAUUGUAUAAAUAUUCCAUUUUGUUCAAUCAAAGAUAAAAAGUGUUUAGAAUUGGUUGAAGAAAUAAAAAAAAAUCAAACUUCUCAAUUCCCUCCAACUUUUUCUUCCUCUUCAUCUCAUUCUCAGAUUUCAAAAAAUAAAGAAAUUAUAAUAAUAUCAACAUUAUUUUUAGGUACUUUAACAUUAAUCUCUAAAUUUUAA